AUGCACCACAUCCGAGUGCUGGAUCUUCCAUCUCCUCGCGUAUUACUAACCACAUCUUCUUCCGUUUUCAAUUUUUGGGUCUAUGGACCACUACUCUCGACGGCUUGUCACCACCCACAUCUUGACGGUCUACGGACCACUUCUCUCGACGACUACUUGUUCUCGACGUCUACCGACUACUACCUCCCCUCGACGAUAAGCGCUUCUAUUGUAUAUCCUUGUCCGACGUCGCUGACCCCAGAGGAUUUCAAGUUCACCCCACUCCCCUCAUUCACGACAACAGGCGCCGUUUUCAUAUGUUCCACAUGUCAAACUAACCUUUUUGUCACACAGGUCGAGGCUCUUAUGAUCAGUGUCUAAUGCAGGUCAUCCUCUGUUGCAGCCCAUUCUCAUGAUCGGAUGCUCCAUCGGAUAUGACAUGGGCUUCGUUCAAGUGUCUGCACGAUUUCAGGGCCCAUGGAUCCCAUCUUUGUACGGACUGCGGAUUCUGUUGGGUGGAUCUGGGAGCUGAUUCCUGGGUCAGUUCCUGGCCUGGAGUACGGACACCUUGAAGCGGUUAGGAUGUCAUAACAUUAGCGCGGCAGCAUAGGGUUUCCCUGAUUUUUAUAUAUAAUGCUUCAAUACUUGGGGCUUGUACGUGCCUCGGUCAUCACUGUGCUGUGUUCCGAGGUGAGAUAUUUGCCUGUCCUCAUUGAGCUCAUUCUUUUGUGUCGCCUUUAAAAGAGGAGAGAGACCAG